AUGGAGUCAACGAUCUCUGGCGCAAGUGACACAGAACGUUCAACUACACCUGAGCUAAAUCAGUUGAAGAGAGCCGCGCCGUCUGACAGGAAGGGAGUAGCCCCUAUAAAAUCCGAAUAUUUAAUAAAAGCGCCUCAAGAGGAACGCCUUACGGAUGAGACCGUAUUUGGGGAUGACGCCGCGGUGGAACCUCCCAAGAAGAAGACCCUGGUAACUCGUCAAAGAGGACAAGCCAAAGAGCAUCUUGUGAAGACAUUUUCAGAAAAUAUUAGGCUUUGUUUGUGGACAGCACAAGGAGAAGAAUGCCCAAACAACGCAUGCAGGAGUAGUCAUGAUCUUGCAGCGUAUAUGAAAGACAAAGCUGAAGACUUGGGCGAUCGAUGCGUUAACUAUGAGACGUUUGGAAAAUGCCGCUACGGGUACAAGUGCAGAUAUCUCAAGGCUCACAUUAGUUCAGAUGGAAAGCUGCUUGUGAACAAAGAACUUGCUGAAAAAAAUAUAGUCACAGAGAUUAAUUCAAACAUACCAUUAGAUACAUAUAAACAACUAAGGACUUUUAAGUACAAAUUUCCGAAAUCAGAACCGUAUCUGAAAGAAGUUCAACAAACUAUAGAUGCAAGAAAGGAAAUGGAUGAGGCAAACAGAAAGAAGAAGAAAAAUCUCCUUUUGGAACUUUUCGAUCCAUCAGAGCUUGAAAAUAAUGUUGCUGGUUCAACCGAUACUACUUUGGCAAAAUCUGGUAUACCAAUUGAAGCAGAAAAUGUGUCAUCAUCCUUGACAGAAGCAAGUCAAAGAGCAGCGGAAGCAGAGCAAUUUGCGGAUACUCCAGACGUACCAUUGAAGCCCGCAGAAAAAAAGCGCAUUUCCUUUAAAAACAAACUCUACUUGGCCCCAUUGACUACAGUAGGAAAUCUUCCAUUCCGUAGAAUAUGUAAAGAAUUUGGAGCGGACAUUACCUGUGGCGAAAUGGCAAUGGCCACCAAUAUCUUGAAAGGUCAAAAAAGUGAAUGGACCUUGAUGAAGCGGCAUGUGUCUGAAGACAUUUUUGGAGUACAGAUUUGCGGUUCGAAAGUGGAUCAUGUCGUAAGAUGUGCAGAGGUUAUUGGAAAUGAAUUAGACGUGGAUUUUGUUGAUUUGAAUACUGGAUGUCCUAUAGACCUUGUUUUUUCUAAAGGAGGUGGAAGUGCUCUAUUAAGGGAACAUGGAAAACUCGGGAAAAUGCUCGUUGGGAUGCAAAGGGUUCUCGACAUUCCUGUGACUAUAAAGUUACGUACCGGCAUUGACGACAAGAAACCAACUGCCGAAAAGCUUGUUCCUAAACUUGAAAAAUGGGGUAUAGCUUUGGCUUCGUUGCACGGCCGCAGCCGUCAACAAAGGUAUACCAAAUUGGCUGACUGGGAUUACAUAUCUAAAGUUUCUUCAACUAUCGAAGAAUACAGAAAAACCGAUAAAAUUAAUUUCUUUGGCAAUGGUGACCUGCUAUCUUAUGAAGAUUAUUAUCAGCACAUGAAUGAACAUAAUGUAGACGGAGUGCUUGUUGGACGUGGAGCAUUGGUUAAGCCAUGGCUUUUCGAAGAGAUCAAGACUAGGCGUAAUUGGGAUAUUUCAUCAAGAGAAAGAUUCGAUAUACUGAAAAAAUACUGUGAUUAUGGCCUUGAGUAUUGGGGAACUGACAGCGUGGCAGGGCGUCAAUACUACACGCAAAUUCUUGUGUGA